GGAACGUUCGAAAGGUCGCCCCUUCGAAUUCCGAACGACAACACCGUGCUCAUAUGGUUGCAUUGUCGCAUUCUUGCCCGUUGACGUACCUCGGCCCUCCACCGCGUCAUGGUCUUGACCACUUUAACGUCGCACGUCCAGUCGUAUCUCCGCACUGGGUACAUGGACACCCUGCACUCGUACCGGUCAACUGGGCGCUUCUUGCUGGCAAUCAUGGCCGGCAACAUGGUGCUGCAGUCCGCGAUCGUUGGGGUCCAUGUUGUCCAGUCGGUUGCAACCACUCACAACGACAGUGGUGACUUGGGAGGCCAGUCCAAUUGGCUACCGAGUUUGCUCCUCCUGUGCCAAAUAGCGUGGGUAGUCGCGUCGACUGUGGGGGGCGUUGCGGGCUUCUGCGCAGCGUAUCGAUUUCAUAUUCCGUCCGCGACUCUGUGCCUGCGCUCGUGGAUUGUGCUAGCAUGUAUCCAGGCUGCGCAAUACCUGGCGCUUUGCGCUAUGCUGGCUUCGCCCGAGCACCAAACCGACAAGGGACAGCUGAACGCGACGCUGGCGUGGGAAUCGGUCGUGUUGAUUGCGAUUGAAGGCGUAUUUGUGCUGUUUGUCCACAGCUACAUCGUGGUGCUACAAGAAUGGGAACGCCAGCGCACGAACGAGGAUGGCGAAGGCAUUUGCUUGGUCCCUCUGCACCCAGUCCAAGGACCCACGGACAAUAUGCCCACGUACGGCACCACGACGUGUACGUUAUAGAAGUCUUAAUCCAACAUAGGAAUCUAGUUGUAGCGAGUUGGCAGAGGUAGUAGCACAGUCCGGCCAAGUCGAUGCGCGGUCACACUGUUGACAACGGGAGCUGCAAUUGGUACGAUAGCCGUUGCUGGAUGGCGCCGUUCGGGCCAAAUAGCCCUUGAUCGCAAGUACUGCGAGGUAGUGGCAAAAACCGCAUUUCGUGUAAAUGUACUGUGAAAGGCGCUGGUGUUGGGCUGAGUGGUCAUUCUGGGCAGCAGAACGAGCAGUGCCAACAUGCCAACUGUAGCGCUUACGACGACAACGCGGAGAAUGCACUCGGCGUUUUGAUAGCCGCGGUUUCGACAGGGCAACUCAAGUAGAGCGCCGAGGCCACUAGCUGCGUUGUGUUAGGACACCAAGCCAGUCCAGUGACAACGGGACUUGUGGCGAUGGCAACUGCCACGCAUCAUCUGGAGUACCGCCAAAGCGCUGCCAAGAAUGGCAACAAGACUCGCGUGCCGUCGGCGGGUGGAAUCUCGAAGGCAUCGCGCAGGUCGUGGGUCGCUUUGGUUGCGCUGCAGUAUUUUUGC